GCGCCUCUUAUCCGCGGGCCCCGCCCGGGCUCUUGCGGGGGGCUGGGCCCGCGCUGGGACCCUGCAUCUGGAGAAGACGGUGCCUUGGCACCUAGCUCCUGGCUGCCCCAAAUGGUCCUGCUCCGAGAGAGUCACUGGCAGAGUUCAUUGCUGGAGUUCAGGACAUCCAUCCCUGUGAGAGCACAACCAAAGAAGAAAAAGAAAGUGGAUGUGAAGAAAGAGCAAGCACAGAAGGAGCGUAUGAAGAAAAAGCUUAAAAAGUUGGAAAAAGCUGCCCCAGAACUGAUUCCAAUUGAGGAUUUUAUAACACCACUUAAGUACUCAGAGAGCAACAGGGUGCGGAGUCUUCCCACUCUUUCUCCUGAAGAGACUGAAAGAAGAGUUUUGCUUUUGAAGAAGUGGUGUUUGUUUAAGCAGAAACAAGAUGAGGCAGAAAAGAAAGCAAUUAAGGCCCUCGUAGAAUCUCAGCAAGAGGCGCUGAAGGAAUUGCGCCUGGAAUCCGAGGAGCUGUAUGAGGCAGCAAUCCGGAGGGAUGAGGGCCUUUUCCCCUUCGAGAGGGAGGGACCCAGUUACACCCCUCCCCUUCCUGGCUAUGAUCCCCCCGAAGGAAAGUGCAUUGACAUCACCAAGGUGUACACGCAGUGAUGGAGGAGCUCCUGCUUCAGCUGCCAAGGAGGUGCUCAGCCAACUUGAAAGAAGAAAGAUUGGAAUAAGAACAAACAAUUCUUCCUGCAGGUUACAACACUGCAAGAUGUGACUGUAAAAAAAUAAAUGAAGUACCUCUGUGUUUUAGUGGCUGUUCAGAUAAUAACACAUCUAGCAAAGCUACAUGAUGUUACAUAGUAGCAAAGUAAUUUUUUUUUAUUUUCUUAUAUUGCCAUGUAACUGUUGUAACUAAGUUUCUGUGGGUUCGCCCUAAUACAAACCAGAUCUCUGUCUCCAUUUGUUUAAACCUUUAUUUUUUAGUAGUUUUGAAUACUGCCACAACACACACCACCACUUGAACAGUUCAGCAAAGGGGCAGUUUCAGGGUGCGCAGCUUCCAGGUGAGAAACUCUUCAACCACCACUAUCCUGAUUCUGGGAAAUGUCUUUUAAAUGCCAGUGUUUGGGAUUGUCCUGAGCUGGCAUGGAAGACUCCCAGGUUGUUUUUUUUUUUUUUCCCAUGUGGCAGGUCUGGGCUGGGUACUUUGUUCCAAAAGUGCUCAAUGCCAGCUGGUAGGGCAAAGGCCCUCAGAGCUGGAGCAUGUAUGGAGUAAUUUAGAAGGUGCCUGCUGAGAUGAAAUCCUGAAGUAUAAGACAGCAGUCAAAGACCACAAUCAAAUUAAGCACCUCAAACCUAUCUUUAAAAGUACUCUGUGUUUAAAUAAAAUUUCAGUAUUUUUAAAUGAGUGCUAAAGUAUUGCAGGGCAGGGCUACAGUUGUAGAACUUCAACAUGAUGUGGGGAAAAAAAAAAAAAAAAGCCAGCAUAAUUCUGAAUUGUGUAUUAUGUUACUGUCCAAACACAGAAAACAGUUUUGUUAGUUUGAUUUGUCAUGGUCAAGUGGUAGAUACCAGUCAGGUGGUGGGCUCUUCCUGAGCUUCCACACUGGAGCAUAUUUCUGUUUUUCCAUUACUCGAGCUCUUUCACUCUUGCACAAAGCUUCCUGAAAUACAGGAAAAAUAAUAUUACCAUAAUGGCGUUGGAUGGUCCAGUCAUACAGAGCUGAUUUCCUGCUGUGAAUAUUUGAGAUAAAAGAAGAAAUAGAAGUUUAUCAUGCUUAAGCAGAA